AAUUAAGAUGCAGCAUGAGGACCCGGCAUCAAAUAAAAGAGAAAGUCGGGAAUCGUUUCUGAGAUCCACGCUGAAUGGGACAUUGCCGAGCGUCGUCAUCAUAAACGGGGAGAGUGGAAGCGGCAAGACAGUCCUCUAUAAAAAGCUAAUCGCAGACUGGACCUCCCGAGGCUCCCCUGCAAGCACUGUGGCUGACUUUGACCUGAUCUUCAAGACAGAGUGUCAUGAGACUAACAGAUCUUUCAGCCAGUUACUCGGCCAGCUUUUGCCUAGCACCAUGAGUGCCAAAACACACGACAAUGCCCGAUUCAAACAAUUCAUUCUCAGCCACAAAAUCCUGUUUCUUGUUGACGGCUUCGAGGAACUUAAUGAGAGCUCAGGUGCCUUGUUGGAAGAGAUCCUCUCUCUUGCAUCCUGCAGCGUCCGCAUCGUGUGUGCAACGCGGCCCUUUCGUCUCAACAGGAUACGUAGGAAGGUUGCAGAUGCUUGCCUGUCCUUUACGGUGUUCAGGAUGACAGGCGUGGCACCUGCGUCCCGAACCAACUUCAUUGUGAAGUAUCUGGAGAACCUGGUGAGUCCGCACAGGAACAAGGAAAACAGAGAAUGGCUGUACACCUACUUCAGAAACCUUGGCGACUGGUGCAAAAAGAAUUUCACUUCACCCUUCAACUUGGCGAUACUCAUUCUGCUCAGUGUGUACAAUCCUGCAAUGAUGAGACACCUCACGACGGGCACAGGCUUUUUCGCGCAGCUGGAGAAGUUCAGAAUUCUCAGACUGGUGAACCAUCUUGCCAGCCUCCCGGAAUACACAAACUUAUCCGGGGAGGAGCUCAGUUUUCUUUGCUCAGGGUUCAUCAAGCUGCUCAACAACCUCGCUUUCGAAAGCCUGCAACUUGGUGAGACGACUUUGGCGCCCAGUGCGAUGACCAGGCUCGCUGAGAAAUGUAGGAGUCUCGGCUUGCCGGCGGAAACGAUGUUCUCGGCGUUUUUGAAGUGCCAAAUUUCGGCAGGAAAUCGCAGCUACUCCUUCGGGGAAAAAAGCAUUCAAGAGUUCAGAGCUGCUUGCCAUAUGUGCUACCUUGCCACAUUCCAGCCGGUGCUUGGUACGGAUUCGAGCCAGAGUUGCGUGGGCUCUCCCUUCCAUGACGUGGUCUUCUUCACGGCAGGUCUGCUGGCAGAGAAGCUGUCUCAUGCACUGGCUGAGAACACCGAGUUUAUAAUUCAGCAAGCUUCUGGGGCAGGCAUAACCGAAACCAGUGAGUGGCUGGACCUCCUGCAAGAGGCCCUGUGCCACGAAGUGCUGACAGAGGCUGUCGGCCGCACAGCGCUGAGGAAGGACAGGUGGGACGUUAAGGAGGUCCAUCUGCCCGCCCUGAAAACCCUCCUGCACGUGACCUUCCCAAAGAGUCUUUAUGUCACCGUGAACAGCCUGGAGAAGCCUCCGGAAGAGAUACCUGUUCUUUGCGAAGUACUGAGAAAGGUCGCUGGCAAGCCAGUCUCGAUUUCUCUCAGCCUGAAUUACUACUUUGUGAUGGGCAGGAGCAGAAAUGCGGACAACCUUCUGCGUUUUCUUCUCCAAGGCUCUGCUGUCGUCAGGGGGUUCGUUGGUUACUUAUCCAGCAGCAUGAUAUCGCAUUUACCAAGCACACUGCACACCCUCGCCUUGCAGGUCGGCCGCCACGAAUUAGAUACCCUGGUCAGCGUUCUCCCUAAAAUGAAGCACCUUGAGACUCUAGAGGUUUUCCUGCGUGUGGACAGAAGUACAGAGAAUUUGCCGUCUCUGGACUUCCACCAACGCAAGUUAAUCGUCGAUUUCUGCAAGAUUUGCGACGACAGCACGGCGUGGGUGAGGAAGGCCCUUUCGAGUCUCUCGCGGCGCCCCUACGCCAAGGUCAAGCUCUUCCACAGCUCCCUGACGGGGCGUGGGGCGCUCGCUCUGCUCGGAGCUCUGCGGGCGGCCAAGGUAUCCUUCGCCGCGGGAGGCCUCCUGGAGGUGCGCUCCUGCCACGCCCCCUCCGAGGACGAGCGACGGCAGCUCAAGGGGCUUCCUGUCUCCUUCCGCAUUCAGUGACUUCAGUCAUACUGCUGUAUAUAUUAGGGAAGAACUCUGUACAUGCACCACACAGACUCACAAACACACACAAAUACACACACACACACACACACACACACACACACACACACACACAUAUAAACACAUUUAUAUAUAUACAUAUAUAUAUGUCGCAUUGAUAAUUUUUCAUAUACAGAAUAAAACAUAAAGAUGGCU